AUGAUCAGAAUCAACAACACCCAAUACUUCCACUUCCUGGAGCAGGCAGAUGCCUUACGCCGCUCAGGGUCACUGUGUGAUGCUAUAAUUUCGGUAAAGAGUCAGACUUUCAGGGCUCAUCGUCUAGUACUAGCCUGUGCUAGCAGAACUUUAGCACAGCAGCUAGCCCACGGAGACAUAGACAGCCCUGUAUGCUGCACUCUAGAGUAUUUUUCACCUCACACCUUCCAGCAAGUUCUGGAUUUCACCUACACGCAAGCUCUUGAGGUCUCUGUGGAUGAUCUGCAACUACUGUUGAAAGCUGCACAACUGCUGGAGAUGCAGCCACUGGAGGAUCAGUGCAGGAAGCAGCUGGACACUCUUGACUGCAGAGCAGAAAGGCAGGAAAAAACAGACAAAACCACUGAUGUCAAAGUAGAAAAGGAGACUCCAGAGGGACAAGAUCAACAUCCAAACACAAGUCCAUUUCAUGAGGAUAAACUGCUUAAGAGGUCCUUCCCUGGGAAUGAGGCAAGCACUGCCUUGGAAAACCUUUCACCCUCUACUCCUACUAAGACCCACAGCAGUCCAUCACCCCCAAGAAAGAAGGCCAAACUGUCCCCUAUUUCAGAACCAAUUCACAGCAGAAACAGUGCUGUUGCCAAGCCUGCUAGUAGCAAUUCCUCUUUCUCUUAUCCAUGGACUUUCUCUACAAACAUGUGGGACUCUGUGAGCACCUUGCGGCGAAUAGCAGAAAACUAUCCAAGCUUACUUGCAGCUCACCCUCUUCAGUCACCCAACCAGUCCUCUAUACCCUACCCAUACUCUCUCUCCAGUCCCCAAAUGUUCCCCCUACUAAGUUCUCAUUUUCAAACCCCAGGUCAGAACCCCAUAAUGGGCUACUCAGGCUUCCCCCGCUAUGCACAAAACAUUUACACUGGUCCGACUCGAAUGGGAAACAUAAUCAAACAGAGCCUUUUAAAAAGAAAAAGAUCUAGCCAGAAAGCAUUUCCUGGGACAGUUCAACCUGGUGAACCAAGUUACCCCGAAGUGUCCAAAGCCAGCAAAGACAGAGGUCAAGACUGCCAACAUUGCAGUCUACGCAAUGAUCCGGUGCUGCGGGAGUCAGUCUCCACACAGUUAGGCAAAACCUGCACAGGAUGUCGGUUCUGCGGACGAGGAGACGUUACACCGCAUGAAUCAGAGACCAGAGGAGACCACAGAGGAGAAAAACCCUAUCAGUGCCAACAUUGCCCUAAGAAGUUUAGUCUGAAACAUCAGCUGGACACACACCACCGAGUACACACUGGCGAAAAACCAUUCGAGUGUCGCCUCUGUGGUCAACGUUCACGGGACUAUUCGGCCAUGAUCAAGCACCUGCGGACUCACGGCGGGGCCGCGCCGUACCAGUGCACAGUGUGCCUGGAGUUCUGCAGCAGCCUGGUCGCCAUGCAAAGACACAUCAAGAGCCACGCAGUGCAAGACUUCCCCCCUGACUGGAGCAUCAGCAGCACCUACCUGUACAUCUCCCACAUCUGAGCCAUGCCUCACAAUCCAACUGCCUCCAUCGACGCAAAGUUCUCAAGAGUGUAUCUGUAAUGUGCAUCUCUCAGCUAUAAUCAUUACAUAGCCUACACACAGCUAAGCAUCAAUUAUAUUUCUAAAGGUAAAAUUUAAAAUAAAAGUAUGUAUGGUAAUGUUUGAGAAAUCUAGAGGGCCAUUAAACACUUACCCCUAAGUGAAAUGCAAGAUUACAAACUGGAGUGUAGCAAUAACUUGUAUACAAACUGCAACUGUUCUGUAUUUGCCGUCAAAACUACAGAACAGAUCAAUACAGCACUAAUUUCCAGUGACAUGUCAGAAAAAGGUAUUGAAAGUGUUUACCAUGCAUUAAAGCCACAUCAACAGCUUAUCCUCAUCGAAUGACGCAGGCAUCUUCUCUCCGACUUUCAUUAUCACUUGACUGUUGUAUAAUCUUUGUGUGUCUGACUUAGGUUUACAGCACCCUCUUGAGGAGAACCACAGUAACAUUAUGACAAAUUUCAACUGAAAUAUGCAACACAGUGUCCACAUCUAUCUUAUUCUGGACAGAAAGAAAGGAGAUUUCUCCAGAAACAGUCAAGAUGAGUUUAAGCUGUAGCAGUACUGGUGAGAGAACUGGCAGCAAAAAUGUUAAUAUAACAAAACAAAACAAAAAAAACAGUUUAAAGGAGGCUAAAAUUUAGCAAAGAUGACACCUGUCCUCUCAUUAAUAGUGACUAGUUAGUUUAUAUUAUCAGUAUUAUCACAGAGCUUUUGCAUCUAUACCAAGCUUGAUAGUGAGAAUAGUCGGGCGCUUUCUUUUCUUUAUUGGACGUGCUGUAGUAAAAGUCACUCAGAGGUAGGCCUGCCAACUUAAAUACCUCCAUAAAAGCUCCAUACAAGUUUCAGGAUCGAAAUUAUUACAUACAUAUUAUGUAUGUUUGCACACUGCUUCCUGGAAUGAGCUUUCAGUGAAGCUCUUGGGUCUGUUUCCAUCAAAAUGUAUUUGUUGAUUUGUACAGCAUUAUCCUAAAUGUGUAUUAGCUGUGAAAUAAAUAAAUAAACAUUAUUCAUCUUUCACUCUAAUUUUUUUUCAUACAUAGAUACAGAUGUUGAUGUAAAUACACGUAGAUAUAAACAUAAAAUGCAAGUACCCUUAUUUUUCAAAAAUACAUAAAUACAUACGUUGACGUAAAUACAGGUAGAUAUGAAGAAAAAAGGCAAAGUGCAUUAUAUGUGUGUGUGUGUGUGUGUGAGUGAGAGUGUAUAUAGCUUUGAAGUCACUAUAAUAAGAUGAGAGGUCCCAUUAACUGAACACAUCAGAAUCUGAGAAUUUGUGUCAAAUUAUAUUAUAAUAUAAUGUGAUUAUAUUAUAAUAUAAUUUAGAUAUAAUAUAUCUAAAUGUUCAGUUAGCCAUUAGAACCUCACACAGGAUCCGUCCAAUUGUGAUCAAUGCAGUGGUAGUACAUGUUAUAAAGACAAGCAGUUGUUUUCCUGGUCCCCUUUUCAAAGUUUGGUUCCAGUCGGUCUGUUUGGUAUUGGUUAAAGUCAAUGUAAUGGCCUUAUAAGUCACAUAUUGUGUGUUUGUGUGGCGGUGUGUUCCGUGUCUGCUUGUAUUUAGUACAUGUACGGUGCAUCUCACAAAGGCUGUAAUUCAUCCAAACAGCAGUGCAGCACCUCGCAGCAAAAAAAAAAAAAUGAUUACGUUUGUUAAAAGUCGCGCAGCUUAGUUCCGUCCUUUGCACGGUUUCACAGAGGGCGUAAUAGAAGACGUCUGCACGUACAAAAGUGGUCGGAUUCUCGGCGACGCUCCUGUGUCUGACUUCCUUCCCUGCUCUGUGCAGCUUCACGCUGCUUCCGUUAAAAAGAGAGAGAGAGGAGGGGGGGGACUAUUUUAAGAGAUACGAGGCGGAGAUACACUAGUACGCUUCUGAAACGCGUUGCGGCGCGUCUGGUUAUUAUUUUUUUUUUGUGAGUGGGCGCUAUCAGCUCCGACUGCUGCGUAGGAGCCGGAAAGUGACGCAGUCGCAAGUGGGUAUUCCCGGGCAAUUGGAGGGAGGGUACGAGAACCAAGUCCGUAGGUACAAUAUCAGUCACAGAUCAUGUCAAAUUUCGUUUGUGUAAAUAAAACGUACCAAAAUAACACAACCGCUGUGAAAUUUGACAUUUUGAUGUACUCAUUUACAUUUAUGCAUCAUAU